AUGGGGUUGACGUUAAGUUCUCCUCAGGUACCUCCAAACGCAGGGGGUAAUAUUACAAGCAACAACAAUAACAAUAAUGAUACAAAUGAAAAUCAGAGAGUACCAUUUUUUCAAAAAAUAGUAUCCAUUAUUGUACAAAUGUUAAUUAUGCAUUUGGUAAUGUAUUUCUUAUCAGGUGGUAAAAAUAAUAUGAUGUCUAAGUCAGGAAUAAUGGAUAGAACUAAUGUGGUUUUAAAAAAUAGUUUUGAGAAAGGUGAUAUAUUUGAUAUAUAUAUUUUUUUAAGUAAUAAUCAAUCGUUAGAUUUUGAAUAUUUGAAAAAGAAUAGUAAAUUAAUUAAUAUAAGAGAAAAAGAAUUAUAUAACCAUAAAACAUUUAAAUCAUAUGAAAAAUUAAAUUAUACUUUUAAUUUAAAUGAUAGUUGGAAAGAUGAAAAAUAUUUAAGUGUUGUACUUGUUCCUAUUCAUUUUUAUAAAAAAAGACAUUAUCCUUUAAUAAAUAAUACAACUUUGAAAUAUGAAUUUAAAGAUAAAAUAUUAGUUGAAAAUAUUCCACUUACAGUAAAAAUGGUACCAUUUGAAUCAGAAGAAGAAGAGAAAUAUAAUUUAAUGGAUCCAAAUAAUAGAAUAAAAAGAAAAAAUAUAGAAGAAAAAAAAAAAAAAAAAAAAAAUGAACAAUUGUAUCAUAUUAAAAGAAGAAUUGAUAUUAAUGUUAUAUAUGAUGAUGGAAAACAUAUGGCCAAAGAAUUUAAAAUGCCUUAUUUUAAAAAUUGGAAAGUUAAUUUAAGUUCAAAUACUUAUACACCACCAAUUUUUUUAUCCGAUUUUUGGUUAAUAGAAAAAGAUUAUUAUGUUUUAGAUGAAAACUUUUUAAAAUCUAAAGAUAAACGAGUUAAUUAUAUAUGUACAUAUGAUCCAUAUAUGUUAACAAAAAAACAAAAAGAUAUUCAUUUAUAUAUAACAGAACAAAAUAUAGAUGAAAAUAAAAAAUUACAUAUAGAAAUAAAUUAUGGAACAUGCAGUUUUGUAUAUUUUAUGUUUAUCAAACAAAUAAGUCAUUCACUUAAUAUGAUGAAUAAUACAACAACAACAACAACAACAACAACAACAACAACAACUAAUACUACUCCAAAUAAUAAUAAUAAUAAUAAUAAUAAUAAAACAUUUUCAAUUCAAAAUAUAACAAAUAUUACCGCAAAUAAAGAAGUACAUAUGAUGAAAAAAAUAUUAAUGACUACUAAUAUUUAUAUGUUAAUAUUUUCAGCUAUUUUUAUAUUACUUCAUUCUAUAUUCUCAUUUUUUGCAUUUAAAAAUGAUAUGCAAUUUUGGUAUAAAAAUGAAUCUAUGGAAGGAUUAUCAGCAUUAAGUGUUAUAACAGCAUUUGUUUGUGAUAUUAUAUUAGCUUUAUAUUUAUAUGAUUCAGAAAAAACAUCAUGGUUAUUAUUAUUUGAAAUGUUCAUAGGAGUUGCAUUGUCAGCUUGGAAAGUAACUAAAGCUGUACAUGUAUCCUUUAGUAAAAAAUACCCAUUUAUUAUAUUUAAAGAUAAAAAAAAUUAUACAGAAUCGAUGACCAAAAAAUAUGAUAAAAUUGCAAUAAAAUAUGUAGGUAUUUUAUUAAUACCAUGCCUUAUAGGAUAUGCUGUAUAUGCAUUAUUCUAUUUUAAAUAUAAAUCUUGGUAUUCCUAUAUUAUUUCAGUAUUAGCAGGAACUGUUUAUACCUUUGGGUUUAUUAUGAUGACACCUCAACUUUAUAUUAAUUAUAAAUUAAAAUCUGUUGAACAUUUACCAUGGAAAGCAUUAAUAUAUAAAUCAUUAAAUACAUUUAUUGAUGAUGUAGCUUUCUUUUUAAUAGAUAUGCCUUGGAUGCAUAAGCUUUCUUGUUUUCGUGAUGAUAUUAUUUUCUUGUGUUAUAUUUAUCAAAGAUGUAUAUACAAAGUUGAUAAAAAUAGAAAUGAAGCACUUUCACAAAAUGAAAAAAUUGACAACAGCAAUAAUGCAAAUCAAAAUGCGCAAUUAAGACAAUUGACACAAGAACAAAAUGUUGUAGAAUCCCACGACAAAAAAAAUGAUUAA